AUGGAACCAAAACUGAGUGGUGGUGGUGUACCGGAAGAGGUGCUUCAGCCGUUGCUCAUUGCUUCGGAUUCAUCCUCUUACUCUCUAGAAGAGUGCUUGAAGUUUCUUCUAGAGUCUUCCAAGACAGAUUCAGGGCGCUCCGAUCUCGCUUCCAAGGCUAUUCUUCCUUAUAUCUUACGUCUUCUUCCUUCCCGCCAUUAUCUGAACCUCUCUCUCAAGGUCCUCCGCAAUCUCUGCGCCGGCGAGGUUUCCAAUCAAAACUCUUUCGUCGAUCACGACGGUUUUGCUAUCCUCUCCGACUUGCUUGCAGAGAAAACCAAAACCACGGAGGAAGAUCUCGACACUGUUCGAUUCGGGUUGCAGGUUCUAGCCAACGUUGUAUUGUUCGGAGAAGAGAAACGUCAGAGAGAUGUGUGGCUUCGGUUUUUCCCUGAGAGGUUCUUCUCAAUCUCUAAGAUUAGAAGGCUUGAGACAUGUGAUCCUCUCUGUUUGAUUUUGUAUGCUUGCUUUGAUGGAUGCUCUGAUCUUGCUUCUCAGCUUUGCACCAGUGAUGGCCUCACCAUCGUUGCUGAAACUAUACGGACUUCAUCUUCCGUUGGGUCUGUGGAUGAUUAUUAUUGGCUCAAGUUACUUGUUUCGAGACUCUGUGUUGAAGACCAUUGUUUCCCUCAGUUCUUCUCCAAAUUAUACAAAGUUGUUGAUACGGUUCUUGGUCAUAGGGAUGAGACGUUCACAUCAGAGCAAGCCUUUCUUCUGAGGAUGGUGUCUGAUAUUGCAAAUGAGCGGAUAGGACAAGUGUCAAUCCCCAAGGAUGCAACUUGUUCCAUUCUUGGAUUAUUCAAGAAAUCUCUUGACGUUUUUGAUUUUACUUCUAGUGAAAGAUCUGAGCUUCCUACGGGUUCAACUGUGGUAGACGUAAUGGGUUACUCUCUCGUACUAAUAAGAGAUGCUUGCGCUGGAGGUAGCCUUGAAGAACUCAACAAGGAA